UCACUGAUACUUGAACAGGGGAAAUUUCACAACACAUACUCACACUGCGGACUGUCUUGGAGCAUCACUCCUCUGCAUCAUACUGUGGCUUGUGCUCAGUGUCUCCAUGUCAUCACCGUGCCUCAGCAGCGUCCUGACUCAUGCCAACCUCACCAUGUAUCAAACUGGCAUCCCCGAUGUCCUGCUGCAGCAGCCCAGGGUGCUGCCCAGCAUUAAUACUCUGCAGAUCAGCAGUCCUGCAUACAACACCAAUAUCAACAGUCAGUGGUACAGGCAGAUCAGCCCUCACAGCUGGACAGCAGACAACGUCCUGGAGUGGAUAAGCGACCACACAGAGAGGACCAAGUUCGAUGCGAGCACCCUGAGUCUGGCGUACUGUGCUAUGGAUGGACCCGCCCUCUGCCAGAUGAACUGUGACCAGAUGAUAGGGAUCUUCGGCCCACAGCUCGGCCCACAUCUCCACCAGAGUUUGCAGGAACAUAAGACCAAAUAUGAGCUACAGAGCCUGUCAGGCCCAGAGCUCAAUGAGACCUGCCACCUCCUGGACAAGUUCCUGGGCAACCUAGACUUCCCUUUGCUCAGCACUAUUAGAAUUGGCCAAGCAGCUGAAGGAGACGUCAAUAAGAAGGAAUUUGACUACAGUGAUGAUUAUGAUCUGACCAGUCUGACCAUGGAGCCCAUGACACCUCUUGGAGACACUGGGUACCUGUCUGAUAAUCAGUCUGACAGCGAGUACAGCUCCUCCUCAAACAGUGGCAUGUUUGGCUUCUCAAGCCUCAGCUCACCAGAAUCUGGCAGUGGUGAAUCAGACCCAGAGUUCUCCUACCCUCUGAUUUCAAAGGCCCACAUCAAAACUGAGAAAGGAGAGUCUCGACUUAAGCGUCCACGGGGGCGACCUCCUAAAGUGAGCAGAGAGCAUGGCAGUAGCAUUUAUGACAAUCCAAAGAAAAACAAACACGCACCUCGUGGCACUCACCUAUGGGAGUUCAUAAGAGACAUUUUGAUCCACCCAGAGAGGAACCAGGGCCUGAUGAAAUGGGAGGAUCGCCGCGAGGGUGUCUUUAAGUUCCUCAAGUCCGAGGCUGUGGCUCAGAUGUGGGGUCAGAAGAAGAAGAACAGCAGCAUGACAUAUGAGAAACUCAGCCGUGCCAUGAGGUAUUACUACAAGAGGGAGAUCCUGGAGCGUGUCGACGGCCGUAGGCUCGUAUACAAAUUUGGAAAGAACUCCAGCGGCUGGAAGAUUGAGGAGAUUGGCAUGGGCAUGUGAGGCAUCAGUAACAGAGUGGGUAGAAACCAAAAAGCCAGUCAGGGUGGGAGUUGAGAAACUAGAAAUGACCUUUGUGGCCUGUCUGGAAAGAAACCAUGCUGCCCUAGAUGUUUAAGACACUAACUUCCUCUCAGAAGGAAGGUGUUGCAGAAAAUGUAAGCCAGUGUUUUUGGCUCUAGUAGGUUUUAUGAACCAAUAUUAUUGUUGUACCAUUUUUGUGCUUUUGCUUGCCAAACAUUACUAUGUGCACAGUAACUAUAAUGUACAUCAUUCUGGAUGCUUGCGAGUUUCUGUGAGAACCUAAAGGCUGAAAAGCAAACUUUUACAGUUGUACAGAAUUCUGCAGUUUGUUUUGAAGUUUCUUUACUUAGCAGAACUAACUCAUCCUCAUCUGUCACUAUGGAGUUUGUUUUGGUAUAUGGGCUUUAAUGACUUUAUUGUUGCACUGGAAAUAUUAUAGACUUUUUUCUAACUUUUAUAUUACUGUCUUGUUAUUCUAAAUGGGUGAAAGUUUCAUCCUCACUUAAAUUUUAUACUGGUAAAUUCAAUGUGAAGGACAAAGACAGAACAGAGAGGAAAAAUGUAGGUGAUGUUACUUCACAUUAAUACAGUAACAAUGUGCACUACAUGUCUAUUGGUAUCACUUAUAAAGUGUAUAAAGUGUGUUUACGCAAUGUUUGAGUGAAAAGUAAUUCAUAUAUAUAUUCAUCAUCUGUACAAACAGUGAUCAUCAUUAGUCACAAGUCGGUUGCAUGAUGUUUGUGUGAUUGUUUUAAUGUGAUUCAUCCAGUUUGGACUCAUAAAUGUUUAUAUAUGUGGAGUAACUAUCAUAUCGUAGAUGAUAUUUGUUGAUACAUGUUGUUUUGGAGAAUAAAUUCAUUUUACAUACAUAUUAA